GUCCAUUUACCAUCGUGCAUUUAAGCGAGAUAGCUGUCACGAAAUUUAAUUUCUGUCGUCAAAACAAAUGAAAUAAAAGAAUGUGUGAAAUUACAUUAUUAUCGUAGUUUUGUCCGGAACAUAAAAAAAUAACAGUUUAUCAUAUACAUUUAUUUACGAUACAAUGGGAAGCCUUGAAGAAGCGUGUAUCACCGGUUUCCUGUGUCGCCUUUGCUCGCAAAUUCAUAGAUCAGUCAUUUUUAUCUACGGAGCAGAAGGGAACGAGCACGAACUGGAACAAAAAAUAAAUAAUUAUCUUCCUGUUAAAAUUGCACCAACUGACCCACUUCCAAAAACAGUAUGCGAAAUAUGCAUGAACAAGGUUAUCGAACACCAUGGAAUGAUGGAGAAAAUAUUAGAAACACAAAAGAAAUUCACCAGGAUGCGAGAAGAAGAGAUGCUCCUUCGACAACAACUGAACAGAAAUACCACCUCUCAGCAAAACAGUCAAAAUACGUCCACAAGCACCAACGGUAGAAAUGCCCAUUCUGACAAUGCAGCAUCAACUGCAUUUCAACUAGCGACAUCUGCACCUCCGACAUCAGUCGGGACAACUAGUAGUGAUAUAAGAUCUCCAUCUGCAAUCAGCCCUAAUCUAAACCGCAGAAUAACGCGUUACGCACUUCGAAUUCAUCGUCAGUUGAAUAAUAAUAUUAGUGACUACAUAGGUCACAUGGAGAGCAGUUCUUCAUCUUCGUCAGAUGAAGACAGUGAGAGCGACAGCGCAGAUGAAAACUAAAUUUGUAAUGAUGAUGAACAUCAUAAUAAAAUAGCCCACGUUUAAGUUUAUUUUGUCGAAUCAGUAAUUUAAACAAAGAAUAUUAUAUAAAGACAUGACAUAUGAUUAUGACUGUGGACUGUACUUCGAAAUAUAAAUAAAUAAUACUUUAAACGAUAUUGUGGAAUAUGUUACUCCAUUUGCAGAUCGAAACAAAUGACGGUCAUUUUAAGUAAUGUAAUAACAGUAAGGAAAAACAAGAUGUAAUAAACUAUAAUUGUAAUAAUCAA